UUGCAUAUUUGAUCAAACCCAACAGGUCGUCACCGGGCCGGUUGCGAAAUGUGGGAAUGCCGUGGGGCGCCCCGCCGGGAAGGGAGGCGGGAGAGCGCCUGCCGGGGGGCAGGCGUCGUGCCCUUCGUGGCCCUGCUCCUGCUGCAGCGGCGGCCGGUGGCCGGGCGGGCGCUGCUGGUGACCGGCCCCGGCUGCCCUGGCCACGGCUUGUGCCGCUCCAACGUGCAGGAGCAGACCCGCAGGCAGGUCGCGCUGCUCAACGCCACCGCUCAGGACCUCUUCAGCCUCUAUCUGAAGUGCCAGGGAGAACCGUUCAGCAGCGAGACCGACAAGCUCUGCAACCCCGGCAGCGUGUUCUUCCCCGCCUUCCACGUCAACCGGACGAGCGAGAGGAAGGAGGUGAUGGUGGCCAUGUACAAGCUCUUCGCCUUCCUCAACGCCUCUCUGGGCAACAUCACUCGGGACCAGGAGGAGCUCAACCCCACGGCCAAGGAGCUCCUGGAUCGGCUCCACAACACCACCAAGACCACACGGGGCCUCAUCUCCAACCUCACCUGCCUCCUCUGCAAGAACUACAACGUCUUCCAGGUGGACGUCAGCUAUGGGGAGAGCUCCAAGGGCAAGAGCGCCUUCAAGAAGAAGCAGCAGGGCUGCCAGGUGCUCAGGAAGUACGUGCAGGUCAUCGCCCAGGCCGCCCGCGUCCUCCUACCUCACCUCAGCCCCCCGUGAGCACCCGCCCCGGCUCCUCUGCCCCACACCGGCCGCCCUCAACUCCUAUUUAUUACCCUGGACCCUGCGCUGGCCCCACCGACCUCUGAUCUUUAUCUGCCCCUUGAGGGGGUGAACGUUGCAGCCGGGCGGAGCAGAGCUGGGGCUGGCAUCCAGCGGGACGAGGCGGCGCAUCCCAGAGGUGAUGCCGUGGCGCGGGCUGGUCCCGGGAUGCAGCCCGGCUGUUCCCGUGCUCCAUGAGGGGAGCUGCGGGUGCUGCGAGGGGCUGGCGGCAGGGCCGGACUCUGCCCCUCACAGCCGGUGUCCUCCAUCCUGGAGAGGGACCUGAUGGACAUCUCGAGCAUCGCCCCAAAGCCUCUGCUGCCCUGGGAAAAAGUGUUGGGAUGGAGGACACCGGGAUGCUGCGACUGGUGGGGACAUGGGGCGCGGGGACAUGCACGUGUUGAGGCUGGGCUCUGCCACAAAGGAGCCAAACUGAGGGUACGGGGUGGCCGUGGCGGCUGGGGCUGGGUCCCACCGGCUGGGACGAGGCCACCACUGGGGACAGAGCCGGCAGCUGCCCCACGGGAGCACCGUCUGGCCAUUCCCUUUGGAAAAGCACUCUUCCCUUCGGGAGGGCUCUGAAUGUACCAAGGGCUUUGCACAGCGAACAUGGCCCUGGCGCAGGGACGCAGGGAUGAGGGGACACGGGGACACGGGGACAGGCCCCAGGCCGGUGGCAGGAGGCGCUGGCUGGCUCCUGGCACCAGAGAGGGCUGUGAGGGUUAUUUAUUGCCUCGGUGGUAAAGCCCAGCGUGCACCGAGGGCUCUGACCUGGCUUCUAAUAAUGUUAUUAAUAAUAAUAAUAAUUAAUAAUAAUUAAUAAUAAGAUUUGUGGUAAUAUAUAUAGAGAAUUCUAUUUAAAUAUUUAUUUUUUUAUACUUCUUUCUCCCCCCCUUUUUUUAAAUAAACCAACAGAAAUGGA